CAAUAAAUUCCGUACAGAUGGACAAAUCGCAGUUUUCUUGGCAUUCUUAUAAUGAUCACAACAACGGUGUUCUAUUUAACAGUGGUAGAAAUAAUCGUUCAACAAAUUAGUUACACAUCAGCGUCCAAUGCACCAGUUAUUUUACCAGAAGACGCAACACUGACCACGAUUGAACUCGCCAACAAAUAUGGGCAUCCGGCUACGCGAUACGAUGUGACCACUGAGGAUGGAUACGUCCUCGGCAUUUACCGGCUCCCAGGCAAGGGCCGCAUCCCAGUACUACUUAUGCACGGUCUCCAGGAUUCCUCCGAUAGCUGGUUGCUCAGAGGGCAGAACUCUCUGGCAAUCACGCUCGCUAACAACGGAUGUGAUGUAUGGCUAGGCAACAGCAGAGGAAAUAGAUAUUCCCGACUUCAUAAACACCUCAACCCGGACACAGACCCCGCGUUCUGGCAGUUCAGCUUCCACGAGAUGGGAUAUUAUGACCUCCCAGCUAUCAUUGACACAAUUCUGAACGAAACCGGCGCAGAUAAUUUAACAGCCAUCGGCCAUUCCCAAGGUACCACGAUGUUCUUCGUGCUCGGUUCCGAAAAGAAAGAGUACAACUCCAAGGUCAAUGUGCUGGUAGCACUCGCUCCGAUGGCGUUCGUGCACAAUGCUCCAGCACCUGCAUCAAUAUUGAUACAAUUGUCACCGCUGCUCAGUCAAUUGGACAGGGAAGAUGGUUCGAGUGAAGUAUUCGGCGACAACAGUACAGCCAGUACUUUGAUUCACACGUUUUGUACCACCCCCAUUACUGGUUAUCUGGGCUGUGUGUAUGGAAUAAUAUUCCCCUUACUGGGCUACGAUCCGGCUGAAUUGGAUCCUAAUUUUUUUUUUGUUGCUGCUGCCCAUUAUCCAUCAGGAGGUUCCUAUUUGAGCAUCUUGCAUUAUCUGCAGGUGGGGUAUAGGAAGGCUUUCGCACCAUACCAUUACGGAAGUGAUGUUAAUAUGAAAGUGUAUAACUCCUCGGAUCCUCCAGAAUAUCAAUUGGAUCAAGUGACUAUGCGAGUGGCUCUAUUGUCCGCAAGAAAUGAUCGUUUAUCUUCAAUUCCUGAUGUGUUACAUUUGAGACGGCAGUUGCCGAAUGUGGUAUAUUAUCUGGAGAAUCCUCGACCGUUGAUGAACCAUGUAAACUAUGUGUGGGGUCUAAACAUGCAAGAUUACUUGUUUCCCUACAUAUAUAGUGUAUUGCAAAAUAACCAUCAUAAUCUUACCAACAUGACUACGCAACUUUAAGUAUAAAACUGGAAAAUGAACGUUUUGAAAUUGUUGCAGUAGUAGUAGUAGUACCUAAAGCUCUAAAGUAAACUAUUUUAGAUGAUUAUAAUAUUUAUGUCUGGCUACAAGUAAAUCUGUGUUAAAUAUUUUCAUAUGCUAUUUUAGGAAGAAAUUUAAAAUACAUGGUGUAUCUUCAAUAAAAUGGAACAUCGUCAUCGAAAGUGUUCAAUGAUAUACCUACCAGUAGCUGUUACGCGCGGAUCCAUACCCAUCAAGUAACAGAUUAAAUUAUUUACCAUUAUCAUACAUUACGACUUCAAAACGAAAUCAAAUAGACACGACCUCGAGUUCAUCCAUACUUCACCUUCCAUACUUACAAAAUGGUACAAAAUUUACUAACGCCAUCUAAAGUAAAGUGGGUGAACUUUUACGACACCUAACGAAAAAAUCCAAUUGGGUCAAUGAUAAAGCAAUUUCAACCGUCUACAAAACGAGUGGUUGAAAUCAAUAC